GUGCAAUCGCCGAGGCCGGAAGGCGCACGUGGGGGGCUCCCCCGCCCGGCAUGGAGCGGCGGCGCGCACCCGCCGCCAACCGCCGGUACCGGCAGCGCCGCUUCUGGGACCAGCUGUAUCGGGAGGAGGGCGCCGAGCCCCGCGAGUGGCUGGGGGCGCUGCCCCGCUUCCUCCCGCACCUGCAGCCUGAGCUGCGCCCCGCUGACCGCAUCCUCGUCCUCGGCUGCGGCAACAGCGCCCUGAGCCAUGACCUGUACGAGCUGGGCUACACCGACGUCACCAGCAUCGACUACUCGCCUGCCUGCAUCGCGGCCAUGCGCGCCCGCUACGCCUGCUGUCCCGGCCUGCGCUGGGCUGUCAUGGACAUCCGUGCCCUCGCCUUCCCCGACGCCGCCUUCGACGUGGUGCUGGAGAAGGGCACCCUCGACGUGCUUAUGGUGGGGGAGACCGACCCGUGGAACGUCUCGCGCCAGGCAGCCGCCACAAUGCACCGGGUGCUGGCGGAGGUGAGCCGGGUGCUGCGCCCAGGGGGCUGCUUCAUCUCCAUCACCUUCGCACAGCCCCAUUUCCGCAAGCCCCACUAUGCCCAGGAGGCCUUCGGCUGGUCUCUGCGCCACGUUGCCUGCGGGGACGGGGAUGCCGGCGCCUUCCACUACUUCCUCUACGUCAUGCGCAAGGGGCAGCCCCUGGACCCCCCCGACCUGGCCCUGGGGCUCCGGCUGCACCAGCCCCCCCCACCUCCUGACCCGCCGCCACCCCCUGCCCCCCCAGACGAUGAGGACUACCUCCUUGCCAUCCAGCUGUGACCAGGGGGGCUUCCCUGGCCUCCCUCCACCCAAUAAAGCCUUAAGCUGCUCCGCCUUCACGGGUGGGGGAUGGGGGACCAGUGCUCCCUCCCCACCCCACAAGCUGCCCAGUGAUGUGAGUAAUGGGGAGAAGAGCAGGCUUGGGCUCCUCCUGGGAGCAGCAGGAUGCUCCAGGGAAUGGGUGAUGCUGUGCCCCCUCCCGGCCCUUCCCUCGCCCAGCUGGAGAGCAGCCAGGGCUCCGGGCUUUGCGGACAGUAAUGAAACCAAAUCGGGUUUAAUUCCACCCAUCCAUCUUGCAAAGAGCAGCUCCCUCUGUACCCCCAACCCCGGCGGGGGCAGCUGCGCUAGGGGGUGCCUACUAUCCUGCACCAGGACCCCUGGACCAGCCUCCCUGGCCAUGGGGCUGUGCAAGGACACCAUGUCCUUGUCACCCCCCAGCUGGGUGGCAGGGCGUCUGAGAUGGGAUGUGCCAUAUGUGCCUGUGUCCCCCCCCGAUCCCCUCUCCUAGAUGCCGUGACAGCACCGGUGUGCCACAUACGCCUGGCCUGUGUCCGCCUGUGCCUGGGGCCAACAGCACGGUGACACGCGUGUGCUGGGGCUAGUGACAGCCACGCCACCACAUGCUGGUGGGGCUGGCUGCACAUGGGUGCUGGCAUGGCGAGCGCCACCACGGGGGUCCCCAAAGGCUGCUUCACACCAAACCUCCCCCGGGUGGGUGCCACUGGUGGAGGGGUGCAGAGGGCACCCCUCCUCGGAGGGACAGCAGUGACACCAAAGAGGCGAAGCUGCCAGGCUGCUGUUCCUGGCACAAGGCAUAAGUGGGUCAAGCGGUGGCUCCCCCUGCGCUGGGUGCUGGGGAAGGACUCGGGGCUCAGCCCCCCACCCCGCCGUGCCACCCCAUCCCACUGGCACCCCGAAGACCUGCCGGUGCCUGGCAGGGACAGAAAGGAGCAGGCGCUGCCGGCCUUGCCUUGGUACAUGAAUGUAUUUUAUUCAUCGCAUUUUGUUCACCAGUACAGUGAAAAAUGGCAUUUAAAUUUACAAUGGAUCAUUUGUAGAACAUCAUGACACAAGUAUCUUUUUUUUUUCUUUUUUUUUUCUUUUUUCGUGUUUUUUUUUCUCGGUUUUGUUUUUUAUUUGGUAUUUUUUCAUUGUGUUGUGGGGUUGGGUUUUUUUUUUUGCGUCGUUGUCUCCAUAAAUGCCACUCGUAGGUUAUUGAAAAAGAUGACGAGUUUCUCAUGCACAUCAGACCCCCCCGAGAAGCUUCUUAAAAAAUAAAAUUAAAUUAAAGUACAAAAUUAAAAACAACGACUCAGGCCGGUCCCUGCCCCCCCCGCUCCCCCCGCGCUCGGCGAGGGGCCGGCGCCCGCCGCUGCCCCGGUGGGCUCUGCCCGGUGCUCCGGGAGGGCACUGCGGCGGCCGGUGGUGCUGUCCCGCUGCCGGGGCUCGGGCCGGGGGUCCCCGCGCUCCUCCCCACGCCUUUGGCUUUCCUCACGCUCCCUCCAUCGCUCUCGCACCCUUUACUUCCCC